UCGCUAGACGUCGAUCGCACGCUCCCAUCCUCCUCUGCCUCCGCCUCCGUCUCCGCCUUCGCCUCCUUCCGUCCAGAUUUCCAUUGAAGUCGCGACCGCCGCCGAGCGAUUUCCAUCGCUUCCCAGUUUGAAGAAUCCACCAAUCAUGGGCUCGAUCGUCGCCGGAGGAGAAGACACCGAUUGGAGCGGCGUCGCGACGAGCUGGACCGUCUCAGCCGGCCGUCUCGCCGACUCGGUGACCGUCGAGUCGCCUCUUUCUCCGAUCGAUGACGGCGCGGUCGGCUCAGCUCCGCGAGCUCCUCUCCUCCUGCGCCCUCCCUUGCCCGAUCGCAACCCGUGCGAGAUCACUGUUAGUUUCGCUCAGCGACACGAGGUGCGCCAAGUUUAUGUCCGAAGCACUGCUCGAGUUUACGAGAUAUACUACGCCCCCAAGCAGCGGGCGGGCAAUGAGUAUCUCUGUACGGUUCGAUGCGGCAUUGUAGUUAGGGACGAAGUUUCUGAUGGGGAUGUUCCUCAAGCAGCUAAUCUUGCUUCUCGUGGGGACUCGAUGGAUGAGUUUGCCGAAGAAAGAUCCAAAAAUGAGAUUAAUUUGAAUGCUGGUGAAGACGAUUGGGUUGAAGUGAAGGCGCCCGGUACUUCAUUUGAAACCAAUACAAAUGUCGCUACAUCUUUGAAGUCCUCUAGAUGUAGCUUCCUUUCCUUUUCUUAUUUUAUCGUCUCGUGUCCUAUAGUUGAUUCUGAGCUAUGA